GGUAGUAGGCUACCCACAUAUUGUUGCGCAUAGAUGCACGCUGAUUCAAGUUUAUAUACGUGCAAAUUCCAUCUGGGCUGAUGCUUAACUAAAUGUGUGACUUGCUGUCGUUGUUUUUUUUUUGUUUGUUUGUUUUACAUACAAUCACGGCAACAACAACAAGUUAAAUGGCAUAAAUCUUGUUACAUCAGAAACUCGCCUAUCUCAGGGACAAGCCUGAAGAAGAAAAAAAAACUGACAUCACAUCACGAGAGUCGUUCUCAUGGCAACAGUCGUAGUGGAACAGCAACGUUAUGAAAGUAUUUUGUCAGCCAAUGUAUAUAUAGUGAGAAUCAAAGCAAGGUCGAUCGAUUGUUUUAAAGAUAAAUCACCCAUUGUUUCGACAUUGUCCCAGCUGAUCAUGUGGUUGACAGUCUACAACAAUGUUUAUUAUGACUCUCCAACAACAGAAAGCGCAUGCAGGAAGUGACGAAAACAGCUCGGUUGUCCAUGGAAUGAGGGACUUGCUAGCUAGCCGUUAAGCUAAUGAUGUUAACAUUUUUAGUUAGAUAUUAAAUUGGUGGCUAUCUUUAGCCUCGAAGCUCGCUUCCCUCGUUGAUGCAGCUAAGAAUAUCUGCAUGCAGGUCGGAAAGAUCAUAUCCAUCUGGGGAUCUAUGGGCUGAGCAUUACCAUAUAUAGGCCUUGGAAAAGGCAUUUGAAGUUGCAGAUCCAAAAUGUAAACAAGAGAUUCUCAACAGCCAGAACAGUGGAGAAAGCAGCAGGACAGGACAGGGGAAAGCAACUGUCAACAUGUCAUCGCCAGAACAAAUUAUUGAAAUUAUUAUGGACGACAAGACGUAUAACGUCAGUAAAAAUAAGCUUAUUGAAAAAAGUGAUUAUUUUCGUGCGUUGUACAGUUCGGGGAUGCGCGAGUCAGCUGAGGAUUCAGUAGAGCUACAGGGACUGAGCGUUCCAGGUCUGGAAUUGGUCCUGGAAUUUAUCAACACUUCAAAGGUGCAAGUUGUUAAUGAGACACUUGAAGACUUGAUUGAAACAGCUUCGUUUUUGCAAGUGAGUUCAAUCUUGAAACUGAUACUGUCGGAAAUCCGGCAGGAUAACUGCGUGGAGUUGUACAAGCUCUCUGAGGUUUACGGGACCUCUGAUUUGCGAAAUGCAUGCCUUAAAUACAUGAGCUGUUACUAUCACCCGAUGCUCCGGCGACCCGAGUUUAAAGCUUUGCCAGUUGCACUGCGAGACCAAGUCAAAGAAAUACGCAUGAAGGGGACGGCUACUCUAGUCGCCAUCGGAGAUUUCAUUGGUACGUGUAUGGAUAUGACAGACCAGGACGAGCCGUGGUCUAUGUUACGUUAUGGAGAGGUUGAACAGCGCUGGAAGCCACUCUCCAACAACUUGCCCGCGGAUAUGGUAAACGUGAGAGGAUACGGGUCUGCUGUUUUGGACAAUUAUUUAUUCAUUGUCGGUGGAUACAGGAUGACGAGUCAGGAGAUCUCCGCAGCGCACUGCUACAACCCCCGCAGGAAUGAGUGGAAUCACGUGGCGCCCUUGAACCAGAAAAGGUCAAACUUCAAGCUCUUGGCUGUGAGAGGUAAACUGUAUGCCGUUGGGGGCCAGUGUCUGGGCACCGUGGAGUGCUACAGCCCAGAUCAGGAUUGGUGGACGUGUGUGUCUUCGCUGCCCGAGCCCUUGGCCGAGUUCUCGGCUUGCGAGUGCCAGGGAAUGAUCCUUGUCAUGGGCGGCUACACUGCCAGAGACAGGAACACCAGCGUGCUGCGCUACUGCCCGAUCUCUGACACCUGGAGCGUCAUGCACACCUGCUCGGUGCACGUCCGCAAGCAGCAGAUGCUGUCGGUGGAGGACACCAUCUACCUGGUAGGGGGCUACACCCACGAACUGGAGACUUGGAGGAGAAGGCCCAACCAGACAGAGGACGUGCUAACAGUGCAGUCGUACAACGUCAGCACGGGCGAGUGGCUGCAGCUGAAGGAGAACACCUCCAAGUCGGGUCUGAACCUGACGUGCACGCUGCACAACGACGGCAUCUACAUCAUGAGCCGCGACAUCAGCAUGCCCACCAGCCUGGAGCACCGCGUCUUCCUCAAGUACAACGUCUUCUCCGACGCCUGGGAGGCCUUCCGGCGCUUUCCAGCGUUCGGCCAAAACAUGCUGCUCUGCUCCCUCUAUCUGCCUAGCGUGCUGUGAGGCAGCGCCUGCUUUACCAGGGUCAGAAGGCAAGGCAAAAGCUUUUACACAGCCCCCAGGGCUCAAAGUUCAGAGGUUGGAGGUCGCGGGUCAGGGCGUUGCUUGUUGGGGUUUAAUAGGGUCCUGUUGCACUUGCGGGGACCAGAUGGCGUGUCCCCACUUGGAAUAGCUGGGAGCUGAGUCAGCUAGCAGCUUGUUCUCAUGAUAACAGCACACACACAGGGGUUUUGCCCUGUUAAAAGUAACAGCUAUGAGUUUGCGAAAACAAGUGUAGUGUGCAUUAUUAUAAGCCUCAACAGCACAUACGGCAGUGGAGGUGCCAUGUUAAAAGUAACAGCUUUCGAGUAUGAAAUACAAGUUUUGUGUGCAUCAUUACAAUCAUCUACGGCACACAUUACAGGGGAGCUGCCCUGUUUAAAAGUAACAGCUUUUGAGUAUGAAGUUCAAAUGUUGUGUGCAUUACUAUAAUCCUCAACAGCACACACCACAGCAGAGCUGCCAUGUUCACAAGGAACAGCAUUAAGUAUGAAACACAAUGUGUUGUGUGCAUUAGUAUAAUCCUGAAGUGAAAAAUAACCGCAUUAAAGAAUAACAGUAAUUGCCUCGGCCAUAAUCACCUCUUCUCACACUCUCAGAUAGAGAGAUGGAGAUAGGAGGCAUUUGUUUAUGAAAUGACUUGAACUGCAUUAAGAAAACCAUCACAGCAUGUAUUUAAGAACAUUAUUUAAGGGCAAAUAGUGUGUGGGGAAAAUGACUGUGUGAUGUCCACUGCUAGUUCAGUGAUAUCAAAUACACUGAUUGAAACAAGUCUUACAGCACUAAUUCAAUGCUUGAAUACUCAUAGGCGACCGAACAGUCAAAUGUUAUGCCUUGAAUCCUUUCCGUUUUAUGUUUGGAAGGUAUUUGCUACAAAAGAGGAGAAAACGUCCUUGUAUACUGUUUACUCAUAUUUAAAGUGGGAACAGACAUCUGUAUAUUGUUUUUUUGUUGUUGUUAUUGUUAAUAUUGGAAAAAAAAAACAGCACGUUGUUCCUUCCUUUAUUAACCUCAAAUGUAUAGUGCCUGAAUGCUGGUCGGGACGGUUUGCACAAAUGAACUACAUGUACAAAAGCACCUGACCAAAGUUGCUCUCAGUUUUGUUUUAUUAUUAUUAUUAUUAUUAUUAAUAUUAUUACUUUUAUUAUUGUUAUUAUUAUUUUCCCAUGUACUACUGGACCAGCAGGGUAUUCAGUUGAUGAAGGAAAAAGAACUAAUCAAGGAUGAAAGAGAAGCUGCCAUAUUCUUAGACUGCCAUUUUAGAUUGCAAUGUGUUUUUGUUGUUGUUGUUGUU